UCGAACUGCCGCAACAGCGGGAACGGGAACGGCAAGCAGAGAAGAUCCCGAACGAACUUCACGCUGGAGCAGUUGGCCGAGUUGGAGAGGUUGUUCGACGAGACGCAUUACCCCGACGCGUUCAUGAGGGAAGAGCUCAGCCAGAGACUCGGCUUGAGCGAGGCGAGGGUUCAAGUCUGGUUUCAGAAUCGGCGUGCAAAGUGCCGCAAGCACGAGAGUCAAUUGCACAAAGAAUCAAGGUUAACCGGAAACUUGACAGGUGUGGCAGGUGGGAUGGUGCUGGCUCCACGAAGUCCGCCGGCGAGUUUGGAACCGUGUCGAGUGGCGCCGUACCUGCCGGCGUUGAGGUUGCAUCCGCCGAUGCAGGCGGCCGCUGCAGCCGCUGCCGCGGCCAACAUGAGCACCGCGGCGUCUGCCUUCGACCCGGCGGUCCUCCAUUACGCGGCAGCCGGUGGCCUCUUUUGUCUUCCGCCACCGCCGCCGCCGCCGCCACCGCCGCCACCGUCGUCGAGCUCCGCUCAUCCGCACCCUCAUCCCCUGAGCCUGGCGGCUUCGCUGGCCGCGGCCGCGGCACGCUCCAAGAACAGCAGCAUCGCCGACCUGAGGUUAAAGGCCAGGCGACACCAGGAGGCACUCGGACUCGACAGGCCCGCCUUGUUUAAAGAAAACAUUCUAGAUCCUCGCCCUAAGAAAUUCAAGGAAGAUUCUAUUUCGAAACAGAUCGACUCAGAAAAUGAUUCGAUCAUCGUGUACACUUUCGGCGUGGGCUAUCGAAAUCAAAAUCAAAAUCAAAAUCAAAAUCAAAAGGAA